ACACGGCAGGUUUAGAGAGACUUCCUAGCACUCGCCCCAGUUGUACAAUCGACUUUGCUAGCGAUGGUUCACUGACAAAAUACGCUCUCAUUUGCCGAGAUGAUAGUUUAGCAUAGCCUUCAGCCAUGUCAUUUGCUAAGACCUAGCAAGGUGCCAUCAUCAGUUACUAUUGAUAUUGUGAAUCAUGUACCGUCAAGACCGACGUCCAUCAUUAAUGGAUUUAAGUCAAGUAUUCCACCAGCUAAGUCCGUUUUUCUAAAUUCUAAUUUCCUUGGUUUGUUCCAGACCUCACGCCAGCCUGCGUGAGCUAAAACGCGUGCAUUUCGGCCUCCUCUAGUAACACGGUGUUGGCUCUCCUGCCAACCAAAACAUUGGCAAUGAGGCAAAACCGCGCGUUCUUCUCUAAACUGCCCCUGAAUUACUUGUGUAAUGGCUUCGCCACAAUCUCCAGAUGUACUGUCCAAAUUUUAUCACUUACAGAAUCAGCAGACGCAGGCAUUACUGGAUGCCCUUGGACAGCUCGUCCAGGUUCAACGUGCAAUGCAAAACGAUGCGGCAGCCGCCGCUCCACCACUAACGCAGCCACAACACGCUGUUGCACCAACUUUUCGACCUUUUGAUGCUGCACUGGAAAGCUGGACGGAGUGGUCACGCCAAUUUGGAUUCCAUCUCGCCGCCUACAGAAUUCAAGGCGUGCGCGCUCGCGGCGCCCACAGGCGCGGCGCCGUGGUCCGCCAGCGGCGGCGGGCGCAUCAUCAACGGCAGCGACGCCAGCAUCGCCGACUUCCCGUGGAUGGUGUCGCUCCAGCUGGCGGGCAACCACUGGUGCGGCGCCUCCGUCAUCGGCGACAGCUGGGCGCUCACGGCCGCGCACUGCGUCUUCCGCUACGAGGUGGCCGACAUGAGCGUGAGGGCGGGCACGUCGACUCGGGGCAUCGGCGGGGUCGUCCUCGACGUCUCGCAGGCCAUCAUCCACGACGAGUUCAGCAUCAUUUCUGCCGAGUACGACAUCGCUGUUGUACAGGUUUCCGAGCCCUUCCCGCUGGGCCCCACCGUGCAGCCCGUGGACCUGCCCGCGGACGGCUACGAUCCUCCGGCUGGGCUGGCCGUCACCGCCACCGGCUGGGGCGCCACCCUGGACGGCGGGGCGGCGCUGAAGCUGCAGAGCGCCGACCUCGAGGUGCUGGACCGGUCCGAGUGCGAGGCGCGCCUGGGCGAAGUCCACGAGGUGACGGAGAGCAUGCUGUGCGCCGGACACCCCAGCCGCGGCGUGUGCUACGGCGACUCGGGGAGCGCGCUGGUGCACGCCGGCGCGCAGCUGGGCGUCGUCUCCUGGGGGAACUCCAGCUGCCUCGGACCCGUCGCCGUCUACGGCAACGUGGCCAGCGCCAGGGCCUGGAUCAGGGGCACCACUGGAGUCUAGCGUGCCGCUCCCGCUCUCCAGCCUUUCGUGGCAUGUUCCUGAGUCCAAACUGAAGUCCAGCUGUGUUGAGUGCCUUUCUUUGUGUUUCUCUACAUAAAUAAUUAUUUUGCAUAUUGGACUAUGUAAAUGAAGGAUAUGAAUAUGUUAAUAAA